ACUGCGUGAGGGGCGCAGCUGAACCACACGCAGUAUUAAAGUAGGACGCCGCUUAUGAUUUUGUAACACUGAUGCUGGUUCAAACAGAUCGGCGGGAAUUACGGCGCUCAUUAGGCGGCAGAGAAAGCUUGUGUGAUAAAUCAAUAUCUGCAAUUUUUUUAAACACGUGCGACUUUUUUGUUAAUCAGAGAUUAAACCUUUGGUAUAGUUAAGUUCUAGGGAGAUUUGACAGAAGCCACAGUGUUAAUUAUAGAAACACGGUAUCCUCCAGGAUAAUCACCUGUAUUGUUAUUUUUUCUAAUAAAAAAUUGAAAGGACGGCAGGAAGCGGCUCAGACGUAUAUUAGUGCCUCUACAGCGACCAGUUUUUUUCCACUGAACGCGUGAGAAUCUGUUGCGAACCAUACCUGGAUACCGCCAAGCUCUACAUCACCCGAGACCCCGCCUCAUGCUGCGCAAGCCUCGCUAACUCCAGGGACCUCCGGGUCUCAAGCUCUGUCUCGACUGCGUCCGUCCAAACGGUGCCAGGCAUCUCCACCGGCCGCUCGGCGACAUGUCCCCCGCGUCCCGCAGCCGCGCCGCCGCCGCCUCUCCAGCCCUGCAGCCAUAUGCUUGGAUACUGUUGUUUUACUCGCUCAUCCACGUCGCGGAGGCUCAAGACGACGUGCCUCCCUAUUUCAAGAUGGAGCCUGUGCCGGCCCAGGUCCACCUGGAGAGGAACCGACUGGUUCUGACCUGCAUGGCAGAAGGAAGCUGGCCCCUGGAGUUCAAGUGGGUCUACAAUGGCACCGAGCUGACGCGAUUCUCCCUGGAGUACAGAUACUUGAUCCCAUCGCUGGAUCGAUCCCACGCUGGUUUCUACCGCUGCAUCGUCCGGAACCGCGUUGGAGCCAUCAUGCAACGGAAGACCGAAGUGCAGGUGGCUUAUAUGGGCGGCUUUGUCGAGGGUGAUCGCUCCCAGACCGUGUCGCAGGGAGGGGCGGCAGUGAUUCCCGCACCUCACAUCCACAGUUUCCCCCGCCCCCAGAUUACAUGGUUCCGUGACGGACGGAAGAUCCCGCCCAGCAGCCGCAUCGCCAUCACUCUGGACAACGCGCUCGUGAUGCUGUCCACCGUUGCCACGGACUCGGGCCGCUACUACGCCCAGGCUGUGAACGACAAGAAUGGCGAAAACAAGACCAGCCAGCCCAUCACUCUGACCGUGGAAAAUGUGGGGGGUCCAGCCGAUCCUAUUGCCCCCGUCAUCAUCAUCCCUCCUAAGAACACCAGUGUGGUCACUGGGACAGCAGAAGUUACCAUGGAGUGCGUGGCCAACGCCAGGCCAUUGACCAAGUUGAGCAUCGUCUGGCGUAAGGAUGGCGCUGUGCUGCAUGUAGGCGUUAGCGAUUUCGGCCGGAGGCUGACGGUGGCGGGCCCGGCCGUGAGCGACAGUGGCUUCUACGAGUGCGAGGCAGAGCUGCGCAGCAGCAGUGUGCCGGCCGUCAGUGCUGGUGCCUUCCUGCACGUGCUCGAGCCCCCCCAGUUUGUCAAGGAGCCAGAGAAGCACAUCACUGCUGAGAUGGAGAAGGUGGUGGAUCUUCCGUGCCAGGCUCGAGGUGUCCCACAGCCUGACAUCGUGUGGUACAAGGACGCCAUUCCCAUCAGCCCCGUGAAAACACCCAGGUACCGCGUGCUGCUAGGGGGCAGCCUGCAGAUCAACGGUCUGCUUCCUGACGACACUGGAAUGUUCCAGUGCUUCGCCCGCAACGCCGCCGGGGAGAUUCAGAGCAACACCUACCUCGCCGUCACCAGCAUCGCCCCCAACAUCACAGCCGGCCCAUCAGACAGCACAGUCAUUGACGGCAUGCCGGUCUUCCUGCACUGUGAAACCUCUGGCGCCCCCCGGCCAGCCAUCACCUGGCAGAAUGGUGAGCGGAUCCUGGCCAGUGGCUCGGUCCAGCUGCCGCGUUUCACGCUCCUGGAGUCCGGAAGCCUCCUGAUCAGCCCCGCCCACGUCUCGGAUGCCGGCACCUACACCUGCAUGGCGAGCAACUCACGCGGCAUCGACGAGGCCUCCGCCAAUCUGGUGGUGUUGGCUCGAACCCGUAUCACCAGUCCUCCUCAGGAUCAGAGCGUCAUCAAGGGGACUAAAGCUGUCAUGACCUGUGGGGUGACCCAUGACAUCAGUGUCACCAUCAAGUACGCGUGGGAGAAAGGAGGUGUCCCCCUCAACAUAGACUCCACCCCCCGCAUCCGCCUGGAGCCUGACGGCACACUGCAUAUCUCCCAGACGUGGUCAGGUGACAUCGGGACGUACACCUGCAGAGUGCUCUCCGUGGGGGGCAACGACUCACACAGCGCCCACCUCCGAGUCAGGCAGCUCCCCCAUGCCCCCGAAAACCCGGUGGCCACGCUGAGCUCCUCCGAGAAGAGAGCCAUCAACCUGACGUGGGCCUCGCCGUUCGACGGGAACAGCCCUCUCAUUCGCUACAUCCUGGAGGUGUCCGAGAACAAUGCACCGUGGACCGUGCUCCUGGCCAACAUCGAGCCCGACUCCGUGAGCGUGAUUGUGGGCGGCCUGAUCCCGGCCCGCUCCUACCAGUUCCGCCUCUGCGCCGUCAAUGACGUGGGGAAGGGUCAGUUCAGCAGGGAGACAGAGCGGUUAUCCCUCCCGGAGGAGCCCCCCAGCGCACCUCCCCAGACGGUCAUCGCCAGCGGCCGCACAAACCAGUCCAUCAUGAUCCAGUGGCAGCCGCCCCCGGAGAACCACCAGAACGGCAUCCUGCAGGGCUACAUCAUCCGCUACUGUCUGGCCGGCCUCCCAGUGGGCUACCAGUUCAAGAACAUCACCAACCCCGAGCAGACCAACUUGCUGCUGGAGGACCUCAUCAUCUGGACCAACUAUGAGAUUGAGGUGGCGGCCUACAAUGGGGCGGGGCUGGGCACCUACAGCCACAAGGUCACCGAGUGGACGCUGCAGGGAGUGCCAACAGUGCCGCCUGGCAGUGUCCAGGCUGAGGCUGCCAAUUCCACGGCAAUACGCCUUACCUGGAGUGCCCCCAGUCCUCAGUUCAUCAAUGGCAUCAACCAGGGGUAUAAGCUGUUGGCAUGGGAGCCGGGUCAGGAGGAGGAGGUUACCGUGGUGACGGUGAGGCCCAACUUCCAGGACACGGUCCACGUCGGCUACAUCACCGGGUUGAGGAAGUUCGCAGAGUACUUCACCUCGGUGUUGUGCUUCACCACGCCAGGCGACGGGCCCCGGAGCUCCUCCCAGCGCCUGCGCACGCAUGAGGACACCCCUGGUCCUGUGGGCCACCUGAGCUUCACGGAGAUCCUGGACACAUCGCUGAAGGUGAGCUGGAGAGAUCCACAUGAGAAGAAUGGAAUCCUCACAGGGUACCGCAUCUCCUGGGAAGAGUAUAACCGGACCAAUACUAGGGUGACCCACUAUCUGCCUAACGUGACCCACGAGUAUCGCGUCACGGGUCUGACGGCCCUCACCACCUACACCAUCCAAGUGGCGGCCAUGACCUCCAAGGGCCAAGGCCAGCUCUCCUCCUCCACCAUCUCCUCAGGCGUGCCCCCAGAACUGCCUGGCCCCCCCACUAACAUGGCUAUCUCCAACAUCGGUCCACGCUCCGUCACUCUGCAGUUCAAGCCGGGCUACGAUGGGAAGACCUCCAUCUCCCGGUGGUUGGUGGAAGCCCAGAUCGCUGUGAUUGGAGAUCAUGAAGAGUGGGUCAUGGUUCACCAGCUGCCCAACGAGCCAGAUGCCAGGUCCCUGGAAGUACCUGGUCUAAACCCCUAUACAUUCUACAGGUUCCGAAUGCGCCAGGUCAAUAUCGUUGGCACCAGUCCACCCAGUCAGCCAUCCAGAAAGAUUCAGACACUGCAGGCGCCACCCGAUGUGGCCCCUGCCAAUGUCACCCUGCGCACGGCCAGCGAGACCAGUCUAUGGCUGCGAUGGGUGCCUCUCCCUGAAUGGGAGUAUAAUGGGAACCCAGACCUGGUAGGUUAUCGGGUUCAGUACUCCCAGACGGGGUCCCAGUCCCAGCCACUGUUCCACAUCAUUGCCGACCGGCUGGAGCGUGAGUUCACCAUUGAGGACCUGGAGGAGUGGACCGAGUACGAGGUCCGAGUGCAGGCACUUAACGGCAUUGGGGUGGGGCCGUGGAACCAGCCUGUGCACGGAAGGACACGGGAGUCUGUCCCCUCCUGUGGACCCACCAAUAUCUCAGCUUUCGCCACAACCUCCAGCAGCAUCCUGGUCCGCUGGUUUGAGGUCCCAGAAGCCGACCGCAAUGGGCUCAUCCUGGGCUACAAGGUGGUGUACAAGGAGAAGGACUCGGAGGCACCGCUGCAGUUCUGGACAGUCGAGGGCAACACCACCCACACUGUGCAGCUCACUGGCAUGGGGAAGUACGUGCUGUACGAGAUCCAGGUUCUAGCCUUUACCCGCAUCGGAGACGGCACUCCCAGCUCACCUCCCAUCCUGGAACGCACCUUGGAUGAUGUGCCAGGACCCCCGGUGGGAAUCCUCUUCCCCGAGGUGCGGACCACCUCCGUGCGUCUCAUCUGGCAGUCCCCAGCCCAGCCCAACGGCAUCAUCCUGGCAUAUCAGAUCACUUACCGCCUGAAUUCCACCAAUGGCAACACGGCCACGGUGGACGUGCUGAACCCCAGCACGCGCCAGUACACGGCGUCCGGCCUCAAGCCUGAGCUGGUCUACGUGUUCCGCAUCACUGCCCAGACGCGCAAGGGCUGGGGGCAGGCGGCCGAGGCGCUGGUGGUCACCACGGAGAAGAGAGCACGCCCCCAGCCCACGAGCCGCCCGCUGGUCCCGCAGGAGGAGGUGCAGGCGCGCGGCGUGCUGCUGUCCUGGGAGCCGGGCAGCAAUGGGCUCUCCCCCGUCCGCUACUACACCAUCCAGGUGCGGGAGCUGCCGGACCGGAACUGGACCGUCCACUCGGCCUCAGUGAACCACGAGGCCAGCUCCUACAUCGUGGACAGGCUCAAGCCCUUCACCUCCUAUCAGUUCCGAGUAAAAGCCACCAACGACAUCGGGGACAGCGAUUACAGUGAGGAGAGCGAGGCCAUCACCACACUGCAGGAUGCUCCUGAUGACGCUCCCACAAUCCUCUCUGUCACCCCGCACACCACCACGUCAGUGCUGAUUCGCUGGCAGCCCCCCCUGGAGGAACGAAUUAACGGCAUCCUCCUGGGAUUUCGGGUCCGGUACCGGGAGCUCCAGUAUGACCGUCUGCGAAGCUUCACUGUCCGCACGGUCAACAGCCCCACCAACACGUGGGCGGAGCUCACGACAUCCUACAGCGUCAGGAACCUGAGCCAGUCCUCCUUGACUGAGUACGAGCUGGACAAUCUGAGUAAACACAAGCGGUACGAGAUCCGGCUGAGCGUGUACAACGCUGUGGGCGAGGGCCCCGCCAGCACGCCGCAGGAAGUGUUUGUCGGCGAGGCGGUCCCCACGGCCCCGCCCCAAAAUGUGGCCAUCCAAUCGGCGACGGCCACGCAGCUUGACAUCACCUGGGACCCGCCUCCUCUGGAAGCUCAAAACGGGGACAUUCAGGGGUAUAAGAUAUACUUCUGGGAGUUCCAACAGCGCAACGAGACAGAGCGAACACGGGUCCUCUUCCUGCCUGAGGCUGGUGUCAAGCUGAAGAACCUGACGGGAUACACCACCUACAUGAUCAGCGUGGCCGCCUUCAAUGCGGCUGGCGAUGGGCCUCGCUCCCCCCCCACCAGGGGGCGCACUCAGCAAGCAGCUCCCACUGCCCCCAGCUUCAUCCACUUCAGCGAGCUGACCACUACCUCCGUCAACAUGUCCUGGGCCGAACCCCUGCACCCCAACGGCAUCAUCGAGGGCUAUCGUCUCAUCUACGAGCCCUGCACCCCCGUGGAUGGCGUCAGCAAGGUUGUCACAGUGGACCUGAAAGGCAGCGCCCCCCUCUGGAUAAAAAUCAAGGACCUGGCUGAUGGGGUUACUUACAACUUCCGGAUUCGAGCCAAAACCAUCACCUACGGCCCCGAGGCCGAAGCUAACAUAACCACAGGGCCUGGUGAAGGAGCUCCGGGCCCCCCAGGUGACCCCUUCAUUUCCCGCUACGGCACCUCCAUCACCCUGCACUGGACCAGCGGUGACCCUGGGCGAGCCCCCAUCACCCGCUACGUCAUUGAGGCCAGGCCCUCUGAUGAGGGACUGUGGGAUAUCCUGAUCAAGGACAUUCCCAAGGAAGUGACAUCAUACACACUGAACUUGGAUAUGCUGAAAGAAGGGGUCACCUAUGACUUCCGGGUCAUCGGCGUUAAUGACUACGGCUACGGGUCGCCCAGUGCCCCGUCUCCAUCCAUAUCUGCUCAGAAGGUGGCGCCAUUCUACGAAGAAUGGUGGUUUUUGGUGGUGAUCGCCCUCGUCGGCCUGAUCUUCAUCCUCCUCUUGGUCUUCAUCCUCAUCAUUCGAGGGCAGAGCAAGAAAUAUGCAAAGAAAUCAGACUCGGGAAACCAUACUAAAUGCAGCGCACUCCAGCUAACCCAUGGGGACAUGGUGAGGCUGGACGAGGGCCACUUUCCUACCCUGGAGCUCAACAACCGACGGCUGUCCGUUAAAAACUCCUUCUGCCGCAAGAACGGGAUCUACACAAGGUCUCCGCCCCGGCCCAGUCCGGGCAGCCUGCACUACUCGGACGAGGACGUCAGUGCCAAAUACAACGACCUGGUGGCUGCAGAGAGCAGCAGUCUGACGGAGAAGCCGUCUGAAGUCUCCGACUCGCAGCAGGGCAGCGACAGUGAGUACGAGAUGGAGCAGAGCCGACACAAGAUCCACUCCUUCGUCAACCACUACAUCAGCGACCCCACGUACUACAAUUCCUGGCGGCGGCAGCAGAAGGGCAUCUCCCGCCCGCAGGCCUACGGCUACAUGGAGGACGCGGCGGAGGCGGAGUCACACGGCCCACCCCCGCCCCUGCCCCCCCUACCCCCUCUCCUACCCCAGGUUGCCUCUGCCUCCCAGCCGCAGCCCCAGCCUCAGCCCCAGGCCCUGGGCCAGGGUACCCUCUUCAGGCCCAAGGGCAGCCGGACUCCCACGCCCUCCCAGCAGUCCUCCAACCCGCCCAGUCAGCACAGCGCUCUCUACAGGCCGCCCAGCAGCCUGGGUGCGGGCGCCCAGACGCCCGUCGCUGGAUUCUCCUCGUUUGUCUGAGGCGAGACUUUCAUUCCACCGUGGUCCCAAACGAAAAAAAUCAACAAAUGUGAAUCUGGCACUUUCUGUUUCAUUCUUGCUAUUUUUUCCUCCCUUUGUUUGCUUGUUUUUCAACUCUAAGCAGAUAUUUUUAUGGAACAGUGAUAUAGGUAUGGCCAAAAAUACCUGACAAACCGUAAGCAUAAAGGCAUUUUCCCCGUUUCUUUUAUGUUUGUGUCCAGGCGUGUGUGUUUUAUUGAAAAGAUAAAAGGCGGAUUUUUGUUUGUUUGUUUGUUUGAUGAUGUUAUUCUAUCACAAUUGUGACCCACGCGGAUGGCAGAUGUUACAAAGACACUCAUUAAAAGCGACUGACACUUGUACUGAAAACGGACAUAUCAGAGAAAGGGGAAAAAACUGUGUAGAAGGAGCCUUUUGAAAGGUAAAACAAAAAGGUAAGAGAAUUCUAACGCCAAUUCUCAUUUGUAAAGGUUGUCUUUUGUGGUCGGCCAGAGAAACGCCGCUGCGAAUGUCUUGUUCUUUAUUCGUGCUCCUGCUUUAUGUGUUUCAGUGGAGAAAUUUCACCGGAAUAGCACACAUUUGACAUUGUCUACCAACGUGCCCCAUUGCUAAUGGCGCAAUCGCAUCCUAAAUGCUACAUUGACAUGAAGCAGUGAGCAAUUAGGAACAACAGCAACCAAAAUAAAGGCCGAUUGAUUAAUGGACACCGAUUAGUUCCGGACACUUGUCUACUGGCCGCGGAUAACCUAGAUGUUUCAGUUUGUUCCUGGAGGAGCAGCAAUUGUGGGUUUUCAAUGCCUCAUCGCACAUCAGGAAAAUAGGAUUACCUGAAGAAGGAUGUGUAUUCAAUUAAGGAAGUCCUACGUGAUUACAGCGAGGCAGACGAAAUGACUGCUGUGGUGACUCCGUUCGGCCGCAUUCAGCAGAUCUCGUGUCAUGAUGUAGAGCCAGCUGGCCUUAGCGCUCUACAGGUUCUGUAUAUGAUGUCAUUUUUUGCUUUUUUUCCCCCCCUGCUGCUGUUGCCUUGUCAACUGCUUUUGUUUUCUGGUGACAUCAUCCCGGGCCAAGAGCUCCAGAGGGGCGAUGUCAUGCAAAUUGUCCACGUCAGAUAACAUGAAAGGUGCAGUGUGAAUCCACGACGUUGCUCUUUGGGAGAAGAUGAUGACGACCUGAGAGAUGUUUGAAAGCAGAAUCUAGGUGGUAUAAUGUUGCAUUUUCAGUCUUUGAACCUAUAAAUGUCUAUGGGGGAGGGUGGUGGGCAUUUAACAGAAGCUUUAAUGUGACCUAAUGAAUAAAAUAGACAAACUGAUUCGGAAACAGCGGCUCCCACUUUGGGCGGUUUGCUUGAGCAGUUCUGGAUUUGUUUUAUCUGUGGAAGACAAUGAGAGGCAUAAAUAUGUGUGUUUACUAGGAUUCACAAUGUGAUUUCUCCACAUUGAAAUGGAAAAAAAAACUGUACUGUAAGUCAUUAUGUA